UCUCUGAGUGUGAGUGUGUGUGUGUGUGUGUGUGUGAGUGAGUGACACAGUUGCCCGUGGUCUCUCUCUCUCUCCCCCCUUCUCUCUCUUUCUCUCUCCCCCUCUCUCUCUCUCCGGCUGCCACACUUCUCCUCCCUCUCCUCUCCAGCCCGCACGGACCGGGCGACCCGCUCCCGCACCCCCCCCCCACCCGGAGCCCUGGCCGCCGGUGACCCGGGGAUCCUGCUUCCCCCCCCCGGACCAACGGACUCGGGCUCCGCCGGCAGGAAAGGUGGAACUAAACUACACUCGGUGACUUGUGAGCGAUGCACUGGCAGCAUGGCCAAGUGGUUCAAGGAGCACCUGGGAUUCAAAACUACCAAAGCCCCCCCUCCGGCGCCUCCGAAGCCGGACUACCGGCACUGUCACACCGCGGUGCCCGGUGGCUUCCAGCAGGCGGGCUCCACCUUCCCGAGCCCCGCGCAGCCGGACAUACUGGCCGCUUACAAACUUCAGAAGGAGCUGGACUUCGAGGACCCGUACACUCCUGGAGGAAACAUCUCGUUCGGGCCGGGCUCGAACGCGGUGGGCUCGCCGGACACCAAGUACGUGUCGCCCAAGCACCGACUCAUCAAGGUGGAAACGACCGAGAAGAGCAGCCCGGCUCCGGGCGGCGGCGGCCCCGGCACACAGGCGGUCGCUGCCGGGAGCGUUAAGUCUCCCACCUCCCCUCCGGUGGAGCACGACAACAAGGAGAAGCUCAUUAUCCUUGAAGACUAUGCGGACCCUUUCGAUGCUGAGCAGGCGGGUGGCACACAGACCACCACGGAGAAAGUGACAACCGAGAAUGACGGCUACAUGGAGCCGUACGAGGCCCAGAAGAUGAUGGCAGAAAUCCGAUCUUCUGGACGAGCGCAGAAGGAAGGAUCUGUGAAGCAGCUGCCCUUGUACGACACGCCAUAUGAACCGGCAGAGAACGGCGGCGACUUGGACCAUGAGCGGCCGCGCUGCCCAAGAGAAAGCCGACUGCCCCAGGACGAUGAACGACCUCCCGAGGAGUAUGACCAACCCUGGGAGUGGAAGAAAGAGCGGAUUUCCAAAGCGUUUGCAGCUCUGCUUUGUUAUGACUGCAUUAGCUACGAGGGCUCUGUAAGUGGCACUGGAUCAGGUCCCCACGGAAGAACGGACUGCACCUCUAAAUCCCUCACAGUCCAGUUCGAUGGCGUGGACAAGUCUCGAAUGUCUCCGACUAAGGAUGGGAAAAAUCGCCCGCUGCAGCGACACUCCAGCAGCUGUCUGGUCAACACUAAAAUGACGUCGCUGGACCACUGCAGCUCCUCUCUAGGGGAGCGCAUUGACCCCACCAUGGCCCUGGAAAGCCAGUUCUGGUACCAUGGAGCGAUCAGCCGGACAGAUGCAGAGUCUCUGCUCCGGCUGUGUAAGGAGGCCAGCUAUCUGGUGAGAAACAGCGAGACCAGCAAGAACGACUACUCCCUCUCCCUCAAGAGCAGCCAGGGCUUCAUGCACAUGAAGUUGUCGCGGACGAAGGAGAACAACAACAAGUACAUCCUGGGCCAGAACAGCUGCCCGUUCGACAGCGUGCCUGAGAUCAUCCAUUUCUACUCCAGCCGCAAGCUGCCUAUCAAGGUCACCCAAUUCAUUACGUCACAGACUGAGGAACAUCAUUUCAUUCAUUCUGGAGCUGACCCCGCCCGGCACUAAGCACUCACAGAAAAAGAAAGGUACAUCAUCAGACGUAGCUUCUAUCCUAACCUGCUCUUUCCUCAGCACAGUUGUGUGUGUGUGUGAUUUUCUCCUUUUGGUUGGGCUCUGCUGUUAUUGUAAUUGUUUGUAAGGGAACUUGAAGAUUGUAAGCGCCGUGGUAAGGAAAGCGACUUUUAUGGGGCACGGGAGGGAUAUCGUCCACAUGGGCACCGUACAGUGUCCAGGAUAUUGAAUACAUUUGCCGUGUUAUGGAUGGUAUUUCCCCAGCUGAACGGAGACAACAGGCCUGUGAGCUGUGCAGAUUGAUCUCUCUAUCUUGUCAUAGUGCAUGCUGUCUGCUCUCCAUCACCGCGUGGCUGUAUCACAUCACUGACAGUGUAAGUACCACAGUGGUGAGACAGGCAGGGGAGCAUGAUGGAUGGCUCGUCCCAUCCGACACAGUACAAUUGGCCGAGGCAAGAGACCAGAGCCUGUCCGAGUGGACCAAAUUACCCCCCCGCCGCCCCUGCUUAGUGUGGCUUUGCAUCGGGAGAAUGAAAUAUGCCUGCAUUGUCUACCUCAGAAAAAUCAAUUUCAUUCGCCCAUCUGCAGAUCAAUAGGUACAAUGGGAUUGCAGACAUC